CAGGGUACACUUUGGUUUGACAGACCUAGUAAUCCUCUCAAACAUACAAGGAAAGGAUAAACGAUCCAGUUCAUGGAGAUCCGAUCCAGAAUACGGUUCAAUACUUCCUGCUUUCUCCGCCAAACGAUCUUAUAUAACAAGAUGAACAAGCGGUUACGGUUUAGAGAGAGAGAGAGAAAAUACUAUUUAAUUCAACGAUCUGCUGAUCGUAUUCUGUCAGAAACCUCGCUAUUGCACACAAGAGCAGACAAAACAUUUGAAAUCUUGUCAGUGUUCAUUUUGAGCUGAUUCUGAAUAGCGGGCGGAGAAAAAGAACUCGCAUAAAAGCAGACGGUCUCUGCUCUUCUGCAUGGUCCAUUCAUAAAAUACCUGUAAUUCAAUCGCGAUGGGCUGCAAACAUUGACUUGGAGCAAUGGCCAUUUCUUGACUUUGAAGAAGUGCAAUCUUACCAAAGCUAACAUGGUGGCAUGGGUGUGACGCGAGGACUUUCUAUAUUUCAUCCUGUAUUUUUAAAGAACCCAGCAUAUAAAACUACAAAGUUGUUCUUCAAUCACCACUUAUUAGUCAUCAUAAUCAAAAUAAGAUCAUGAUUUUGAAACUGCAGUUGGAGUAGAGAUUUGACAGCUCAAUGAUAGUAUCAUUGAUGACGUUAUGAUGAGAUCAUGGCAUCGGGAUAUCGCAACCAGAAUCUGGUCACUAUUCUCGUUAUCAUCACAUGCAGCGCCACCAUUUCCGUUCUUCUUUCUCUAGAAUUUUCAAACAGACAUGUGUCUGUGACUUCGAUGACAAAAUGCGUAUGCAGUGAGACAAAAUGGAGAUCAGAAGUUCUUGAAGAGGAUCGGAUUCGAAGAGAGGCUGAAGGCGGGCUAGUGACCGUACAACACGAAGAGCCACCACCAUGGAUGCAUAUAAAACGAGGGGAUUUGGAAUAUCCAACGUAUUCUGAAAGUCUUGCCGCAAUCCAACCUCGUCGAAAGCAACACUUGAACAACAUGUGCCACAAAUCCUUGCCAAUAAACCACCCCCACCACAUCCACAACGACACCCUAAAACAUUUAUACGUCAACGAAAAAUACAAGUUUGUCUAUUGUUCAGUUCCUAAAGCUGGUUGUACGAACUGGAAGCGAGUUAUGAUGGCCAUCAAUAACUCAUCGCUUGUUGUCACCAGUAUAUCACGUGAUGAUGCUCACCAUGGCAACAUGAAAACUCUGAUAGAUUACCAUGAAGAUGAGCGGAAGCAUAUUCUCUCGCACUACCAAAAGUUCCUUUUCACUCGAGACCCGUUUGUUCGUCUCCUUUCUGCCUAUAAAGAUAAAUUCAUGGGGAUUCGGAACCUUGAUUGCGAGCGCCAUAGCUAUUACUUCAAGAACAUCGCUGCGGAUAUCAUGUCAAGGUUCCGUAAGAGCGUGUCACGUAAGACUCUACAAAACGGAGAAGGUGUCCGAUGGACGGAAUUUAUUAGAUAUAUUAUCAAUACCAAAGAUCGGAUGCAACUGAAUGAGCACUGGCAGUCUACGAACUCACUCUGUGCGCCAUGUUCCAUCAGUUAUGAUUACAUAGGAAAGUUGGAAACGGUACGUGAGGACAGUGCACGAUUGCUACGCCGAUUUGAAAUUAGGGAUAAGCGUAUCUUCUAUCCAAAAUCGAAUAACCCAACCCGUCGAGAUUCUGCUGAAUUCUAUGAUGCUUUCGGAGCUAUCACAAUAAAUGAACUAAGAGAGCUUUGGGGUAUAUAUGAAAUAGAUUUCCUUCUUUUCAACUAUACGCAACCGCAGUUUUUAACGAGCAGUAUAAAAGAAAAAUAAAACAGUCAGUUGUAUCUUAACCAGUUGCCUACUGAAAAUUUGUCAUCCAUGUUUUGAAGAAAAAAAAUGGAAUUCCAGACAGCAGAAGUCAAUGUUUGUUUAAUGAAUUACGAACUCUUGCAAUCUGUAUGUUCCUGCUGGUUAUUGAU